AUGACGCUCGUCAUUGCAAGUGCUGCGCCUUGUUAUUUAUUUGUAAUUAUUUCUUGUGUAUCUAGGAUCGUUUUCACAAAUAACAACAACUCGUGGGAUAGGCCGUCCAUCAAUGCACGAUCAGAAUUAAAUGAGGGUCUAUAUCGAAAUAAUUCAAACUUGUGGAAUCGUUCGUCCAUCGAUCUACCAAUAGAAUUAGAUGAGUAUAGCUUGGGGAAUCGACUUCCUCUAGAAUUAGUUGAUGAGAUUUCAAGGGGUCGCUAUGGUGUAGUAUGGAAAGCACUUCAUAAAUUUGAAAACUCAUGGUUGAUAGAACAAGAGAUUUAUCAAUUACCACACAUGAAACAUGAUAAUAUACUAUCCUUCAUUGGGGCUGAAGAACGUCAAUACAUUAACAUGGAGCAAGCUUUGUCAUAUUAA